GAUGUACGGACGGGUAUUGAACGAUGUAGUAAAAUUUCUUCAUCACGCUUGUCGAUGUCGUAUAUUCAUUUAGUUCAGUAACCGCAUUCGAUCCAGUGAUAAACAUUUCAUUUUCACGCGCUCCGGAACCAGGCGCUAGCUGAUAGUGAGAAGUAAUUAAACAUAUUUAUUGAUAGUGAUGCACUGAUAAGGUGCUGCAUGAUUAGUGAGCUAGUAAGAUGUGUUAUUUAGUGUGACCACAACAACCGAACUAGACGCAAGUUGGGCUAAUAAACGUUCGACCUAUUGAUUCUUGAGGACUUUUGUGCGUUAUAUAAUUUAGUGUGUUUUGAUGUGUGUACAAUUACAAUAGCGCAGGAAUUAUUUCAGUCUGGAAACGGUUUCAACUCGUGAUGCUUAGUGUGAAAAAGUAGUGUUCUACAAAAGUGCAAUGAAGUUGAAGUUACACUUUUGACUAGCAGAGCUGCCAAACUACACAAGAAACCGGUUCUACGAACCUUCAACCGGGUCGCAUGGUUUAAUGAUCGUUAAUUAGUGUUUUUUACCGCGCGCAUCAAGAACCUGGAGCCCCGCCAAAGCCGCAACCAAAGUUAUAUCAUCUAAAAAUGUCACACGAUGGCGAGGACAGUAAGGUCCGUUACCGAAGAACACAAAGCGUGACACGUGCCGAAGAAAUUACCACCAAAGAAAGCAAACAGCGGAAAUCUCAACCGGACAAACCAUGCCAUCGACCACGGGACUCGCUGUUCUCCUGGAGCUCAGGUUUCGACAAUUUCACCGGUCUGGUCAAUUGGGGCUUUCUGCUGCUUACGAUGGGAGGCUUCCGGCUGGUGCUAGAAAACUUUAUCAAAUACGGUAUCCGGGUCGAUCCGGUGCAGUGGUUUGUGGUUCUGACGGGGAAAAACGAAGGCCAGGGACAUCCGUCGUUGAUGCUGAUUUUUUAUACAAUAGUUCCUAUAAUGAUUUGUUUGAUAGUGGAAAAGGGUCUUGCCGCUGACAUACUGAUGGAGAGCGCCGGUAUGGUUGUGCAUGUGGUCAACAUUGUAGUGCUUGUGCUGAUACCCAUGGUUGUGAUACACGUUAGAGGAGAGACUUUUAGUCUCGUUGGUGCCAUGACGGUUUGCUUCAUCUACUGCAUCAUGUUCCUGAAGAUGUGGAGCUACGUCCAGGUUAAUUUAUGGUGCAGAACUCAACACAAAAAAAGACGCAGCCGGUCUGGUCGUCGUCAAAGUGUUUCCAUAGCUCAGCUCCAGAAUGAACGCGAACACGAACAGGCCCGGACCAGCAAUGGAAACGGGGUAAUACCGAACAGUGAUAAGGACAAAGUGCCAGCAUUGGUGCACUAUCCGGACAAUCUUCACUUGAAAGAUUUCUUCUACUUCUUGCUAGCACCGACUCUCUGCUACGAACUCAACUUUCCUCGGACGUCGCGAAUCCGGAAGCGUUUUCUGAUUAAACGAAUGCUGGAAGUGAUAAUCGGUGUGCACAUUGUCAUGGGAUUGUUUCAACAAUGGAUGAUUCCUUCGGUGCGGAAUUCACUGGUUCCAUUUUCUAACAUGGAUUUGACGAAAACCUCUGAACGGCUGCUAAAGCUAGCGAUCCCGAAUCACCUGAUGUGGCUUUGCUUUUUCUAUCUUACCUUCCAUUCGUUCCUAAACUUAAUGGGAGAGUUAUUGCAUUUUGCUGAUCGUAACUUCUACAGUGAUUGGUGGAAUGCCAACAAUAUUGACACUUUCUGGAGGACCUGGAACAUGCCAGUACAUAAGUGGUGCGUUCGACAUCUGUACAUUCCGGUGGUCGAUCUGGGCUACUCCAAAACGGCUGCCUCAGUGAUAGUAUUCUUCAUAAGUGCCUUCUUCCACGAAUAUCUCGUCAGUGUGCCACUGAAGACGUUCAAAAUCUGGGCGUUCAUGGGAAUGAUGGCACAGAUACCGCUUUCUGUUGUGUCGAAGCACAUGGAAAAAAAUUACGGACCCCGGUGGGGUAACAUCGUAGUAUGGACAUCCAUCAUUCUCGGUCAACCGCUCGCAAUUAUGAUGUACUACCAUGACUACAUGAUAACCCAUUACAACGAUGUUCUGGUGUGAUUAGUAUAUGGAACUAGUGACUAAUUAACUACUUAGUCGCAAGUAAUUCGAACAAAAUGAAGCAUCACUAACUUCUACCGCAGUCAUGGUACUCACAUAGAUAAUAAUUAAAAACACAAAUCAAAGACAAUCCCAUGGCAUCAUUUGUCUUGCAAGUCAUAUAUCAUAUAUGCAUUUGAUAGAUAAACUAUUUUUCGUAUAUUUACUGUUUUUAAUAAAAGUUUUUUUUUGUGGAAA